AUGCGGCAUAAUCAGAUGUGUUGUGAGACACCACCUACUGUCACUGUUCAUGUAAAAUCAGGUUCAAAUAGGUCACAGCAAACUAGAAAACCUAUUAAUCUGAAACGUCCUAUUCUUAAAGAUAGCUGGCAAGCAUCUGAAAAAAAUGCACAUAAUAACAAACCUAAGCGGCCCAAAGGGCCUUGUCUAAUCAUACAGCGUCAGGAGAUGACUGCUUUCUUUAAAUUAUUUGAUGAUGAUUUAAUUCAAGAUUUCUUGUGGAUGGACUGCUGCUGUAAAAUUGCAGACAAGUAUCUUUUGGCUAUGACCUUUGUUUAUUUCAAGAGAGCUAAAUUUACUAUAAAUGAGCAUACCAGGAUAAAUUUCUUUAUUGCUCUGUAUUUGGCUAAUACAGUUGAAGAAGAUGAAGAAGAAGCCAAGUAUGAAAUUUUUCCAUGGGCUUUAGGGAAAAACUGGAGAAAACUGUUCCCUAAUUUUCUAAAGUUAAGGGAUCAGCUCUGGGACAGAAUUGACUAUAGGGCUAUUGUAAGCAGGCGAUGCUGUGAAGAGGUUAUGGCCAUUGCACCAACCCAUUACAUCUGGCAACGAGAGCGCUCUGUGCAUCACAGUGGAGCUGUUAGGAAUUACAACAGAGACGAAGUUCAUCUGCCCCGGGGACCUAGUGCCACACCAGUAGAUUGUUCAUUGUGUGGUAAAAAAGGAAGAUAUGUGAGAUUGGGACUGUCUUCAUCGUCAUCUUCAUCCAGUGACACAGUAGAGCUAAUGGAAAAACAUUCUCAGGAAUUACACAAUUCAUUAUCAAUGGACAUGAUAGGUGAUCCUUCUCAAGCUAAUAGCUAUUCUCAAGUAGCCAAUGACCAUCAAUCAAACAAAGAAAAUGAAAAUGAAACUAAUUUUAUGAAGAAAGACCAAUCUAUGGAGUGGUUUACAGAAAGUGAAGAAUGA